GCGACGAGAUUUCGAACUCGGCAACUGAGAUUAUUAUCAUUUUAGGUUAGGUUCGACGAUUUCACAGUGUUCUUCUGCUGUCCCUGUCCGUAUUAGUAAAAAGUCUGCUGCUGCGGAGUGCGGACCUAGAUGCAAAUAGCUGUCAAAAUGUUACGUACUGCUAGAGUGACUGGUUUGAAGUGCCCAUCAGGACUCAAUUUUCACACAGCUAGUUCAUGCUGUGCCAAAUCAGUAAAGGAAGAGUUUUCUCAAAAAUUGGAAAAUGGUCCACAGUUAGAAAAUUUUAUAUCUGGUGAUGCCACUGCAACUGAGUACGAUGGGAUACUUAAAUUGGCCAAAGGAGAUAAGUCACGAUUAAGAUUACCACCUUGGCUCAAGACCCAAAUACCAAUGGGUAAAAAUUAUAGUCGUAUCAAAUCCCAACUUCGCGACCUACGAUUGAGCACAGUGUGUGAAGAGGCUCGUUGUCCAAAUAUUGGAGAAUGUUGGGGAGGUGGAGCUCAUGGAACAGCUACGGCAACAAUAAUGUUAAUGGGAGACACAUGCACAAGAGGCUGUAGGUUUUGCUCAGUAAAAACAGCAAGAGCUCCACCACCUCUUGAUCCAGAAGAACCAAAGAAUACAGCAACAGCAAUAACAGAAUGGGGAUUAGAUUAUGUUGUAUUGACAUCUGUAGAUCGUGAUGAUGUAGCAGAUGGUGGUGCAAGUCACAUUGCAGCUACUGUAAGAGAGCUCAAGAACAGGAGUAAUAUUCUAGUUGAAUGCUUGGUACCUGAUUUUCAAGGAAACUUGGAUAGUGUAAAAACAGUAGUUGAGUCUGGUUUGGACGUUUAUGCACACAACAUAGAAACUGUUGAGAGAUUGACGCCAUUCGUCCGCGAUAGACGCGCAAGAUACAAGCAGUCACUAUCAAUGCUGGGGGGAGCAAAGAAGGUCAAUCCAGAUUUGAUAACGAAAUCGUCAAUAAUGUUGGGUCUUGGAGAAACAGAUGAUGAAGUGAUGCAAACCAUGAAAGAUCUCAGAGCUGCUGGUGUAGAAGCUCUUACAUUGGGACAAUACAUGCAGCCGACAAAAAGACAUUUAAAAGUGAUUGAAUAUGUGACACCUGAAAAAUUCAAAUAUUGGGAAAAAGUUGGUCAAGAACUUGGUUUUCUGUAUACUGCUAGUGGACCUUUGGUACGAUCUUCUUACAAGGCUGGCGAAUAUUUCCUAACGAACAUAUUAAAAGAGAAACGGGGUGAAAAGAACGUGAAAGAGAGUACGUAGAAAGUAUGAUUUAUACAUCCUUUGUAAAAUGAACACGAUUUUUUCACAAAGUAUACUAUAUUUUUUUAAAUGAUCUGAAACUAAGAAAAAUCACGUUUCUAUCUGUGUAAACAUUGUAAAAUACUUGCUGAUAUAAAAAUUAAGAAAAUAUUUAUUUCAUAGAGCCGUGCGUGCGCUUUUGUUAAGAAAAAAAGAUUAUAAUUAUGUACUAUGAUCUUUUGUGUGAAAAGUUCUUAGCAAUCUAAAAUUAUAUCCCCUUUGUAAAUAGAAUGUUGUAAAGGUAAAAUUCUAUACUAACUGGUAAUGUAAAAGUUAAUUGAACAAAUAAAUAUUUUUUGUUAUAUUAAGAAA